CUUUUUCAACUUUCAAAGUAGGAGAAGAAAAAUAUAUACAUGGCACAAGCCAUGGCCGGAAAACUUCUCAUAAGUCGCUGGGAUUCUGACAAACUUGUCGGACUCUCCGACGAAGCCAUGAGCUUUGCCGACAGUUUCCUUGGUUUCUUGGAAGAACAAGAAGAGUCACCCAAGAGUUCUUGUGACUCCAUUGAUUAUAUUGAGGAUGAUCAUAGUUCUUCUAACGGUGAAGGAAACAAAAAAUUCUGGGAAACACAAAAUGAACUUCUUCAGGCAACAUUGUACAGGACUAGUUCCCUAGAAACGACAAUUCGUCAAGCUACAAAAGCUGCAGUAAAGGAGAUUAAACUGAUAGGCCUAACUUGCAGCUGUUACAAGGUGGUGACAGAAGAGUGCCGGAAUUGCUUGCAGAGGGAGAUUUCUUUACGGCUUCAAGCACAAGGUUAUAAUUGUGCCAUUUGCAAGUCCAAAUGGAAAAGCUCCCAAGAAAUUCCAUCAGGGGAACACACUUAUCUUGAAGUGGUGGAGAAAAAUAGGUUUAAAAAAGGGGAAGUGAGAUUGGUAAUAGAAUUGAACUUUAGAGGAGAAUUCGAGAUGGCAAGAGCAAGUGAAGAGUAUAACCGAUUAAUUAAUCGGCUGCCGGAAAUAUUUGUUGGAAAAGAAGAGAGGCUAAGAGCCUUGAUUAAAAUUUUAUGUUCAGCAGGGAAAAAGUGCAUGAAGGAGAAGAAGAUGCACUUAGGUCCAUGGAGGAAGAGCAAGUAUAUGCAGUCCAAGUGGCUAGGCACUUGUGAGAGAACCACACUGUUUCCUCCGUUGCCGGUGGGAUUUUCUGACCGGCCAGCCAAACCUAAGGCCUCCUUGUUAACUUAUGAUUUGCUAGAGAUCAAUAUGCCUGUCUUGCACCGUACUGCAGUUCAAGUUUUGUGAUGAUCAAGAGAAAUAAAAAAAAAAAUAAUAGAGGUUUUGUUGUGUC